AUGAAAAGUUUAAUUUUAUUAUUUUGUGUAAUCAGUUGCGUAACUUGUAUAAGUGAAGGUGAAGCUGAUCGUUACAAAAAAUGCUUGCAAGAUUAUGCUGCGAAAACCGAACAACUCGACGCGUAUUGUGAAACUAAAAUUUCGCAACUUAAAGAAGGCAUUGACGAUUCUAUCAAAAGCAUUUUAAAGAGAGAAAAUAUGACAGAAUGCGGAUGGAAGCUUUUUAAGGAUUACAAAGUCGACGAGAUAGCUUUGAAUGCUUUCAUUCAACAAUACUCGAAUUCAACCAUCGACAAGAAAUCUUUCGAGAAAGAAAUAAAAAACACUUUCGAAUAUCUUGCGCUAGGUGCCAAAAUUUAUUGCUUUUCUUUGGCCAAUGCUUUCAAAGGCCAAUUCAGUAAAAGAAAUUCGAAUGCAAGCGAUGGUCACAGUAUAGCAUGCAUGAUCAAAUAUUCGAUCGACAUAAAUAUCAUCGACCCAAAGUUGUAUAACAUCAGUGAAGGAAUUUAUGCAAAUGAAGAUUGCGAGGCGGAAUUUGAGCUAUGGCGAGAAAACUUUCCAAGCUCUUCGUUAUCGCUUUUUUUUAAUUCUUAUAAAAAAAUUUUCGGAUUGCCUUCGGCAAAAGUUCUCGAAUGUGAACAUCAAAAAGCGAAGGAAGAAAAAUUAAACGAACAAGCAGUUGCAUGCAUAGCUUUGGUACAUCUCAACAUAUCUGACGCUCAAUUUCAAGAAAUUCGAACAAAUUAUGUCAAUUUAUAUAAAAAGUUCCUUGAAAAUAAAUUUGAAUGUUUAGACAAAAUCUUUUAA